CUUAUCUUCUGUCUGCAAGAGAGUUUCCUCAGGCCAUUCACAAAAGCGUGAACAUAAAAGCCGCCAAAAAAUCAGGGAAAAAAGAAAAAUAUGACAUAAAAACCAGUUAGAGAGAGAGAGAGAAUGUCAGCUACGGCGUUUACUCCGGCGAUGGCUGUUGAACCUCUGAGGCUCCAUCGCUCGAGCUCCGAUUGCCGGAUCUUGAAACCCUCGACGAAGAAGAAGACGGCGUUGUCCACCGUCAAAUUCGUCACCAUCGGGAGAAAUCCGCAGUGCCAGCCAGGGGCAAAACGGUCAUUUCAAGUCAGAGCUUCCGAUCGCCGUCAGGGACAACCCGACGACGGCACCGGUGAACCCCACGACGGCGCGGGCAUCCAGGAGGAUUUGAACUACCUCUGGAAACUGGGAGCUGGUUCCAUGGCGGCGGCUGCAGCCAUUAAGUAUGGAAGCGUCCUUUUGCCAGAGAUCACAAGGCCUAAUCUUGCAUUGGCCCUUUUCAUUAUAAUCGCCCCCGUUGUGAUAUCUGCCUUCCUUUUGACCCGAGCUAGUUAUUCGAAAAAACCUUAGCUAAGAAACAAUUCGUUGCAUAUAACUGGAGAUGUUUCAAUUCAGUGUGAAGAUUUGUGUGUUUUGGAAAAGAAAAAGGUAAUAUCCCAAGAUGAAGCCACUCGAAGGUGAAUCCUUUUCGGGUUUGAAGGUUUGAUCUUUUUCAAUUUUUGCUCUGUCUUAUUCGGACCCGAUGAAUGCAGAUGAGGUACAAGAACUAUGAUGAUUUUGAAGCUGAGUGAAUCUAUUGUUUAUGAGAAGGCUUCAAGAGCAUUUCAACGGAGGAUGGCUCGUAAGUAUUGAACUUUUCGCCCCUUGUAAUUGGUUUGAAGAUAUUAGUGGGAGAACGAGGACUAUUAUGAAUUUAUGAUGCGAUUAGCCAUUGUGAUAUCUGACAUGAACAUUUUGAUGCCUUGCUCUGAAACUUUGAUGUGAUUCGGGACAGGGCCAAAAGAUACAGUAUCUUCUUACAGAACUCAAAACCUAAUCUUA